UGACUGCUUGGACUGGCAAGUUGUGUUUUCUGUUCCCUCAUUCUUCUGUCCAGGGCAGCUACAGGGCAAGCCAGUGGAUACAGAAGAGGUUGAUCCGGAUCCCAAGGCCUCAGACUCCAAGGGACAAGCAGGACACAGAAGGGCAAAGGCUGGCACCUGGGCAGCGACUGGCAGACAGGUUCCAGGAUGGCACUCUCCAUCCUGUCCCUCUGGUUGCUCCUGGCUGGACUAAUUCCCUGUUCCUGUGGCCCAGUGACACCACCCACAGAGACUUCAAACACACCAGCGAUCCAAGGGGCAGCCCCCUUCUUCAACAACCAAAAAUUUGCCUUGAGCCUGUACAGACAGCUACCAAAGUCCAAACAAGGCAAGAACGUAAUCUUCUCUCCACUCAGUAUCAUCGUGCCUCUCGUGCUGCUGGCCUUCCAGGAUAAGCCAGAAGCCCGGCGGCAGGUUCUGCAGGAUCUAGGGUUCAGAGUCACAGGAGCCUUGGAUGCUAAGGCCGCCGUGCAGUAUGGGAAGCUGCUGAGUACUUUGCUGCCUGCUAAGCACUGUGGAAUCCACACUGGAAGUUUGCUCUUUAUAGACAAGACUCUAAAGCCAGAAAAGACGUUUCUCUCACUAGCCAACAGCUCCUACAACAGCGAUGUCGCCCUCAUCUCUUUUGGGAACCAUGAGUUGGCCAAAAAGCAGAUAGACUUGGCCAUUAAGGUCAAGACCCAAGGCAAAGUUACAAGGCUGCUGAGAAAUUUGAAGCCACCAACUAAUUUGUUUCUGACCAAUUAUAAUUUCUUUAAAGGGAAAUGGAAAUAUCGCUUUAACCCGAAGUACACAGGGAUGAAGAACUUCUCCUUAAGCAAUGGGACCAAUAUCCUGGUACCAAUGAUGCAGAGAAUAGGAUGGUUCCAGCUGCAGUAUUUCUCCCAGAUACACAGCUAUGUCCUCCAGCUGCCAUUCACCUGCAACAUCUCAGGCGUCUUCUUUCUUCCCAAUGGUGGAGAUCUUAAGGAAUGUGAGAAGGCACUGUUGGAGCAGAGUUUUGACACGUGGAUUCGGCCCUUUCCACUGAGAAAGCGGUGGCUGUUUUUCCCCAAAUUCUCCAUACCUGUUGCUCUUCAGCUGGAAAGUUUCAAGCACGUUAACAGUAACCUUAAACUGUUCAACAAACGCAUGGACCUCUCAGGAAUCACUCUGCAAAAGGCACCCUUGAAAGUCACCACGGCAAUGCACAGGGCGGAGCUGGCUGUGAAUGAGGAUGGAGAGGGAGAGGAUGUCUCCAAAACCCGUGUCAACCCCGAGCCAGGCCUUGCUACCCUCCACUUCAAUAGAUCCUUCCUACUACUAAUCCUGGAUGAGGCCAGCAACAACCUUCUCUUCAUGGGGAGAGUGGUGAAUCCCACUAAAGUCAACAUGGAUGCUGUACAUCGUCCCUGAAUUCUGAUUUUUUUUCCCUCAAUACCUGAGUUGUAGCAGAGUUAUAUUCCUUUGAAGAUCAAUUCAAUAAAACAAACAGCAAGUGAGAA